GUUCACGCGAGUGUCUACGGGUCUCGCGCGGGGUCUUUUUUUCUCGCUUUGACUCCCUUUGCUUCUCUCCCAUGAAUUCCGCCACCGUUCCCGGCGUCCAGGGUACGCUGGCGGGCUCUGCUUCUUCCCCGUCGGCUACUUCGGCCCCGACGGCAAAGCCCCUGUUCAGACACGUGCGCUACGAGAACCUGCUGGCCGGGCUGAGCGGUGGCGUCGUCUCCACGCUAGUCCUCCACCCGCUGGACUUGGUCAAGAUCCGCUUCGCAGUGAAUGAUGGCUUGGAGCUGAGACCAAAAUACAAUGGUAUCUUGCAUUGUUUGUCAACCAUCUGGAAACAAGAAGGAUUACGUGGUCUGUACCAAGGAGUGACUCCAAAUGUUUGGGGGGCAGGUGCCUCUUGGGGUCUGUAUUUUUUCUUCUACAAUGCAAUUAAAGCCUACAAGACAGAGGAUAAGCUGGAAAGCCUUGGAGCAGCUGAACACCUAGUAUCAGCAGCUGAAGCUGGAGCGAUGACUUUGUGUAUUACUAACCCAAUAUGGGUAACCAAGACUCGACUUGUGUUACAAUAUGAAGCUGGUGUUGACUUGUCAAAGAAGCAGUACGAAGGAAUGAUUGACGCUCUUAUUAAAAUAUACAAAUAUGAAGGUAUACGUGGGCUAUAUAAGGGAUUUGUACCUGGUCUGUUUGGAACAUCACAUGGAGCCCUUCAGUUUAUGGCUUAUGAAGAAUUAAAAUCCCGAUAUAAUAAAUAUAAAAACAGACCAUCAGAUAUGAAACUGAACACUUUAGAAUAUAUUACCAUGGCAGCAUUAUCCAAAAUAUUUGCAGUCACAGCAACAUACCCAUAUCAGGUGGUGAGGGCACGUCUCCAGGAUCAGCACAACAGAUACUCUGGAGUACUCAAUGUCAUCCAUAGGACAUGGAGGAAAGAAGGAGUUCAUGGAUUUUACAAAGGAAUUAUGCCCAAUGUAAUUAGAGUCACUCCUGCAUGUUGUAUCACAUUUGUAGUAUAUGAAAAAGUAUCCCAUUUGUUACUUGGAUUUAAUAAUAACUGAAGAUUGAAAUUGAUUCAAUAUAUUGUUCUUCACCCUUUCCGUUAAGCAGGAAUGCUACACAAUUGUCUGGCGUAGAUUUUUUUUUUCUGGAUUCGUAUUCACCAGUUUCUUUUGUAAUACCUUUUAAAUGGACCAAGGUCACCAGCAAGUUGGUAUGUUUCAAAUAUAUUUUAUGUUGACCUCUGUGUAAGUAUCUCAAAAUAAAUUGUUCACGUGAUCA